AACAAGGCACCCGCACUGGCCGCCGAAAGGUUCUCUUAUACGGGAAAUCCGCAUUUCGAGAGCGUAGAGGCAGCCAUGUACACACGUACGGCAGCCCAGAAGUACUUGAUGGAAGAUCUCGUGCUCGACUGCGAGACGUACAUCCACGAAUACGUCGAAGCUGACCAGGUGUGCCGACUAAUCGACUACGCCAUGCUGACAGACAACCAGGGCAUCCACGCCAUGGUCACCGACACGAUCGCCAGACAUGGGAAGUACGUGCUCCUCUCGCAAGGCUUCGUCGACUGCUUGGAGCAGACGGCGCACUUCGUGUUGGACAGGAUCACAUCGACCGCAACGGAGGGUGACAUCACCAGGGCCGUGCUGAAGUGGGCGGACUCCCAUUGCAGGAAGAAGCGGGUCGACUUCAAGGUCGCAUUGGCGUCCUUCCUGCCCAAGUUGCGGUUUCUGUCGCUGACGCCGCAGGAGUUCGUCCAGUUCUCCGCCCCGGCCGUGACUCGCGGCGCCAUGACGGCGGCGGAUGCGCUCGCGAUCCUGACCGAGCUCAUCCGCGGCCAUUCCAAGCAGCUGCCGCCGUGGUUGUGCCGGGUAUCGGGUCCACGCACGGGAAUCCCCGCGCAGCCGUCCGCACAAGUCGCUUGAUCACGUUCUGCGUGAAGUGCUAGCCUAUAACCAGGAAGCCGGGUAAAAUAAUGUAAAGAUUAUCAACGGUUUGUUUAGGUGGCCCAACCCAUAUGCGGUGCCAUCCGUAGCCGCCUUUGCGUCCCACAUCGCAGGCGUCGCGUUUUCUCGGCGGCCCAUAUCUCAUCGGCGGGACUCGAUGUAUCCCGGAGUGGCAACUUCUUAGAACAUGUUACAACAACAUUGCUAAGAUCUAGCUAUAGUUCACUCGAAAUAAAUCAUAAAGUUUGUG